GUUUUUGCCGCUAGUAGAGGUGGUGGCGAGGUAGCGCUGCGGGAGGCGGCUGCAGACGCCGCGGCGUCUGUCUGUCCUGACCGAGGCCGGCCUCCCCGAGCCCUAGAGCAGACGUUCGUGGUCUCCGGGGUUGGCCAGCGUGUCGGGGGGCGCGGCGCAUCUCCGCCAGCUCAGACGGCACUCGAGCCGCCGCCCCCUUUUCUCCAGGAGGUCCCCCUGGUCGUGCUGCCCUUCCCGCCUGCGAUGGGGCCGGGCUGAGGCGCCUCCCGCUUCGCUAUCCCUCUGCAAGGGAGAAAGGAGAGGGAUGGAGGAGCUGGGACAGGAGGCGGUGUUGCUCUUCCUCACCCAAAGAGGGGGCCGAGUCCGCAACGCGGAGCUGGUGGAGCAUUUCAGGGGGGCCCUGGGAGGGGAGCCCGAGCAGCGAGCCCGGGCCCGGGAGCGCUUCAAGCAUUUGGUGAACACUGUGGCUACAGUCCGAACCGAUCCUGAAGACGGGACCAAGUACGUGUACCUGAAGAAGAAGUUCACCAGUGGCGGUCUGCCUCUCCCGGGGCACGAGGGGGCCCCGACCCCCCGGGUCCCCGAGGGCGGCGAGCGAGGCACUGGCAGCGAGCAUCAUCCCUCCCCUCCAGCCGGGCCAGGGGACUUGAGAAAAGAGGAUGCGCGGAGCCCACCACCCUCCCCCGGAAGUAGGGAGCCUAACCCAGAGUUGCAGGAACGGGAGCAGCAGUUACCGCCGCCGGCCGCUCUUCAGGUAGUGCCCAGUAUCUCUGUGACCGAAGCACCCGAGCUCGAGGAGGCUUCGGGCCCUCUGGACGGCACUAACCUGCCUUCCCCUAAUGGACUUGAGUCACCCGAGGGAAGCGUUCUUCCCUCCACUGGGGACCACUUGGUCCCAGAGAGCCCUCCUGAGGAAAGCGGACAGACAGCGGACCAAGAAUUGCCUCCCCAACUAGUCUCUGGUGAAAGCGGCAGGAAUGAAUUGCCGAGAUUGGGGCAGGUGCAGCCCCUGGGCGUCGGGGCGCGGAGGAAAAAUUCUAGACGUAAUGUACCUCUGCUGCGGGGGCUACCGCAGGGUUCCUGCGGUGGGGAAGAGUUAGAACCUUUCUCAAAAAACUGGGAGGAGGCAGACGUUUGCAGCUCUCCUGGAGGAGUCAGUACCCCAAGACCUGGCCGCAAGAAUUUGCUGGAUCUGAUGAUCGGCAGUUCCCCGCAGCUUAAGAGGAGUUUCUUUGUUGGGGGAAACAACCCUGGGGGCUCUUCUGGAGGGGGACGUGCGCCCAGAAGUGGCGGAGACUCAGACACCGCUUCCUUGGCUUCGUCUUCCACCGAGGAAGAAGGAAGCGCAACCGGGUCGGUGGCCUUGGACCCUCUGGAACAUGCCUGGAUGCUUUCUGCCUCGGAUGGUAAAUGGGACAGUUUGGAGGGACUGCUCACUUGCGAGCCUGGUUUACUGGCCAAGCGUGAUUUUAUCACCGGCUUCACCUGCCUUCACUGGGCCGCCAAGCAUGGAAAGCAGGAACUCCUGGCCAUGCUGGUCAAUUUUGCCAAUAAGCACCAGUUACCAGUAAACAUCAACGCCAGGACCAGCGCAGGCUAUACAGCUCUGCACCUAGCAGCAAUGCACGGACAUGUAGAGGUGGUGAAGUUGCUGGUGGGAGCCUAUGAUGCAGAUGUGGACAUUAGGGAUUACAGCGGAAAAAAGGCCUCUCAGUACCUGAGCCAGAGCAUCGCAGAGGAGAUUAAGAAUUUGGUGGGCGCCCUGGAAGACGAUGAUGGAGAGAGUGCUUCGGAAAGUGUGGGUGGGCGCUGGAAGCUCUCUAAAGUACUCCCUUCAAAUCUUAUCACAUAUAAACUCUCUCAUGUACUGGAGGAUGGGGGAGAUCACCACCACUACCACCACCACCACCACUCUUUGGCUGAUGGGUCUUCUGGGAGCAAGUCAUCGAGUCGCAAAGCAUCAGGUGGCGGCGGCAGCAGCAGAAUGAAACCCAGACUCAACAAAAUUCGGUUCCGAACGCAGAUCAUUCACAGCACACCCUCUUUCAGAGACCCUGAACAACCAUUAUCAGAGGAGGAAAGGCCUCUUAAAAGCAGCUCCUCCACAUCCUCCUUCAAAUUGAGACCGAAAUCCAAUGUAUUCGGUGCUUGAAGAAACUGCCAUUUCACCUGAAGGAAACCGGACUAUAAAUCCAUAUGUCAGACAAUCUUGAGUUGGUAUGACUGAAAAAAAUGUGUUAUCUGGUAGCCAGUCUUUUGGAGAUGAAUCUCUCCCUAUUUAGAGAGGCUGACCCUCUAUUAUCAGAAACAUAGUUUGCUUCAUAUAUCAUGAUGCAUAUAACCUGCCAAAAUGUGUGUGCAACCUGACAUAGCUUUAGAGAACCCCAGGUCAGCUCUGGACCAUGAUGAUACAUUGGAGUAAAAGUGUUCAUUCAUCUUAUUACCAAAUAGUGUUUUCCAGAAUACCAGAAUUUUCUGGCAUUAGGAAUAUACAUUCUUUAAAAAGCAUUAUUUAAAAGUAUCUCUCACUGUGUUUUUUGUAUAUAUUGUCCUUUAAAUAGCUAUCAUAUUACCUCUAGUCCUGGGUCAACUUGCAAAUUAUAUGUAGCAUAAAAAGUUGCUUGAAGUCACCAUGAGCAAUUCUGGAAUGUUACCAAUCUAGAAAUAAUGAAGCAGUGUUUGCUACCACAUAUUUUGUUAUUGGACAUGUAUCAAGGAUAAUGUAGCUAUCAAGUAUGAUAGCUGAAUAUUGUAGCAAUGGAAGUAUGCUGAAUUAUAAUCAAAACCUAUAGUAAAAGUUUAAAUAUGCAACUAGGUACCAUUUCAGAUGGUAUAACAAAGUAUCAUCUGUAAACUCUAGCCAAAAAAAGUAAUAAAAUAAUGUAUUCUGGGAUUAUUAGAAAAUGAAAUAAUUCAUUCUGAAUCAAGGCCUGGGAUUAUGAAUCAAGGAGGGAGAAUUGUUAAGCAACAAUGCCCAAAGUCACAACAAUCUUUGCAAUGGUGUUACAGUGGAGAAAGGGGGGAAGGGAGAAUGGAGAUUGAAGUGAGAUGAUCUGGACAAAUACCUCAAUUUCUUUGAUUGCAAAAUGAGGAGUUUGGAUUAAAUGAGUCCUAGGGUCCCUUCCAGCUAUAAAUCUAUGCCAAAAUUGGAUAGAGUAGUUGGGCCUUUUCUUAAAUUCAAAUAUGACCUCAUAUGCUUAGUAGUUGU